GCGACAACAUUUUCUAUUUCACAGGCUAACGUUGAUAAUAAAGCUCAACAUUUGUUUCUCUUAUGACAGGAUGAAAUCCAGCAAAUUAUCCGAACUAAUUUCACAAGCAACUUAAUCUAAGUUUUCUUUAUCUACAAAAUAAAAGACCCCGGAAGUCCACCACUCUCCGUUUGUAAACACAUGGCUUGAAGUCGUGUCUGAUGCUUAAUUAUGCCAAAACUCUUCGAUAUAAAGUUUGCAGGAGAAUGUAAGACUCUCCCUGAAGGCUUCUGGUCAGCUGUAGACGUGUGGAUAAAGAAACCUCACGUUGUUAACAAGCGUCUUUGCGGCGCUAAGGACACGGAGAGUAAAGAUGUGGACAGAGAGGCUGUGCUGCUCCUGCUGAAGGAUCCUGAACUCGCUCAUGAUGUGUUGUCCUUCAUGACCAACAGCAGACAUGCACUGGCACAGACGCACGAGAAGGAAAACCCAUGGGCUUCUAGCACCAGGACAUUUAUUCCUAAAGUAAACAAUUAUGGGACAAACCUGCAUAAAGAGUUCAUACUGAAAGACUUCGGCAGACAACACGUGACCUUUCUUCCAUUUGAAGAAGAUUCAGAAGGACAGGUGUCUCUCAAGAGGGGCAACAUUUAUCAGUUCCAGCUCCUCCAUCAAGACUGUGAGGACUGGGCCUUGGAGCUGCAUGUUUUGGCUUUAGACGCGUGGUACUCCGAUGGCGUGGCGUACCCAAAGCUGCCCUGGCUGUCCACUGACCUGCUGCCUAAACUGGUGCGCUGGGCCACCGAGUGCAAGAGCCGCGAGUUCAAGAGCACCUUGUCUCUGCUGCCAGUGGAGAAGUACAGCGUCAAGUAUCAGCAGCUGAAGGAAAAGUACAAGGCCUAUGGUCAAGGUAAAGUGUGGCCUGAGGUUACGGAUCCUGAGAAAUUUGUCUAUGAGGAUGUUGCCAUUGCUACAUAUCUCCUUGUGCUGUGGGAUGAAGAGCGAGCAGAGAAAAGUCUGACCGCCAGACAGUCCUUUGUGGACCUGGGCUGUGGGAACGGCCUCCUGGUUCACAUACUGGCCAAUGAAGGGCAUCCUGGAAAAGGCAUCGAUGUUCGCAAGAGGAAGAUCUGGGACAUGUACGGCCCCCAGACUCUGUUGGAGGAAAAGGCAAUUACGCCCAGCGAGCGCUUCUUAUUCCCGGGUACGGACUGGCUGAUUGGGAACCACUCUGACGAACUCACACCCUGGAUCCCCGUUAUAGCUGCCAGGUCGUCUUACUCCUGCCGGUACUUUGUCCUCCCCUGCUGUUUCUUCGACUUCUGUGCAAAAUACCAGAGACGCCAGUGCAAGAAGUCUCAGUAUAAGGAAUACAUCGACUUCAUCACGGAGGUCAGCCAAGUCAGUGGCUUCAACACUGAAGAGGACUGCCUGAGAAUACCUUCCACUAAACGGGUGUGUCUGGUGGGAAAGUCAAGAAGCUACCAGCUAUCUGAUGAGGCCGGGGCCGAGCAGCGAAGAGCUCAUUACAUCCAGAGCCGCCAGAAGGCCUCUGGGGCCACAGUUCAAAGGUCAGACAUCAGAAAUGAUGGGCAGUCUUGCCGUGGAAAUGAAGACACUGACGGCACCCCCAACAGCAGCUGGGGAGCGGGGUUCCAGCCCAGAGACAGGGUGGAAACGGUUCGAAACUGUGCUACUCUCCCGCGGGACUUUGUCGACGGUUUUGUCCUACAGGUUGCUAAUGUUCUUCUUGGAAUGACUGAAGGUGACAGCGGAGGCUCCUCCAGUGACUGGCAUCGAGGAGGCAGCCUCUCCGUGAGCGAGGUCGCUGGGCUGUUGAAGCAGGAAACCCUGCAGCUCCUCAAGAAGGAGUGUGGAGGUCUUCAGACUCUGCUUAAGAACAACCACCAAGUCUUUAGAGUGGAAGGAGGGAGGGUGCACAUAAGAGACUGGCGGGACAGGAAGUCCUCCAGGGUAUCCACCAAGAGGAAGCCCAUUGCCUCUGGUGCCCUGAAAACUCGCCCCUGCUGGUUCUACGACCACCACCCUCAGCGCUGCCCCUUGGAGGCUGAACACUGUGCCUUCGCCCACGGACCCGAUGAGCUCCAACCUUCGACCAGACCUCUGAAGAAGAUGAAAAAUGACGCCUUUUUGUCCCACUGAUCACCUUCUUUAAACUCAUUUAUUUAGUUGAUUUGUAAAUGGAGUAACUUCUUUUCUAAUGAACAGUAUUCACGCUGCCCAUUGAACCUCCUGGAAAAGUCCCCACAUCCAGCGCUGCAGCUGCACGGAGGAAGAAGUUCAGGUCCAAGCAGUGUGAGUUUUAUUGAUGCACCAUUACAUCAUUUCUGGGAAAUGAGGUCCUGCAAGUUCCCAGUGUCCUCUUUCUUCUGAUCCUGGUGCAGCUUAAGCCCUCACUGUUGUAGCUCGCGGACACUUCUGGGAUUUGUUGUCUGCGGAUUCUUUUGUCUUUAAAUGUUUUAUUUUAUUUAAGAAGUUUAAUUAUACACUUACUGCAUAUUAAAGUGUAUUUCAAGCUA